AUGCGCAGUUUGACCACUGGCUUGAUGCUCGGGGCUUCCAGCUCGGCGCUGGGCCUGUCACCCCUUGAUACCUUCUACCCCUCGAAUCUCAAUCAAACGACGUACAUCUCAAACUCAUCAAUUGGGCUUUAUGGCGGCGUUUACAAGGCGCCAACUAACGGCCCGACCGCCGGCGAUCCAUACGGAGUCUACGACUACUGUUCGAUGCCGCAUCCGCGCUCACAAGAGUACAAGAUGCCGGGGCCAGUUGCAAAUGGCUCUGUGAGAGCCGAAUUAGUGUACCUUGAAUAUCUUCAGCGUCACCAGCGUCGGUCGCCAUACAAUAUCCUCCCCGGUGGCGAGAAUCAAGCCUACGAAUGUGACAAUGUUCGGCCAUACGUCUACGCUGGACCGAACGGUCACAGUGGUAUGCAGCCUGUACCAAUGUAUGCCCAAACAUACGAGGAUCCCACCAAUCCGUUCUCACCGGGUGUGAACGGGACAUGCCAAUUUCCACAAAUCACCGUCGGUGGUAUUCAGGACGGCUUUCAGCAUGGCAAGGACUUGUGGCGUGUUUACGGCGAAAAGCUUGGCUUGAUCCCCAAGAAGCCUAGCCAUCGCGUCUGGUUCCGUUCAAGCGAAUCUGUCUUGACUCAAGCGUCGGCAGGUGCUGUUCUGCGAGGUGUCUGGCCUGAUUAUGACGGAGCGCUACCCCUGCACCAGAUGGUCUCUUCGGUGGACACCGUCAAUGAGGGAUACUCAUGCAGCGCUAUCAGUGCCACGCUCAAUCAGAUCAAAUCCACCCCCGAGUGGAAGGACCAUUUAUCAGUGACCAGCAAUCUGCGUGCUCAACUGGGUGCUUUGCUGGGCGCCACUUCCAGCUCAUGGCAGAGCACGUUUGAUCACUUCUCAGAUAACUUCCAAGCACGCUUGUGCAAUGGUUACGAGCUUCCUUGUAGUGUGUCCAAUUCUUCUGCCUGCGUCACAAUGGAAAUGGCAGCGGAGGUGUUCCGUGCGGGUGACUGGGAAUGGAACUAUUAUUGGCGGACCAACCCCUAUGUCACCAAAUACAUUCAAGUCGUCGAGGGUCUUUUCAUUGGCGAGAUUGUCUCGCACCUGCAGGAUGUCAUGGAUGGAACGUCUUCUCGCGACUACAGCCACAUAUUCAUUCACGAUGGUGACAUUGGCCCGGUACUCGGCGCUUUGGGAAUCAAGGCCCUUCGCUGGCCGGCGAUGGGCUCCAAUAUUGCUUUUGAAGUUUGGAAAACACAUGAGAAACAUACCAAGGAUUACUAUGCCCGUGUUCUCUACAGUGGCCAGCCUGUCCAAACCAUUCAUGGCACUCUUGACUGGAUCAAGCUGUCUGACUUGAUCGCUAUUCUCAGCGCCUUUGUGCCAAAGGACAUCAAGUCGCUCUGUGGAUAG